CUAAAUCAAGCCUCCCUGGCGUAAGCCCCGCCAGGCCCGCCUCCCAUCCCAUCACCGACCACCACAAUAACUCUCCCCCUACCCUAUAUAUUAAGCUCUAAGAUUCUUUCCUCUUGUUCUCUUUGCUUGCUGCCUUGAAAAGCUGUGUGUCUCGUUUACGUGGAAAUAGAUCAAAGGAGGAAGAUUUCUUUUCUUCAUAUUAUUUAUUUAUUAUUUUUCAAUUUCACGUGCGUUGGUUAUUUGUCCGACUUUAUGGGUCAUUGUCUGAUUGAGCCGUCGAUUUUUGCUUCCCUUUAUUUUUCGACACAUUUCCCUUCCUUUUUUUUUUGUGUGUUUAUUUUCGUUUGUGUGAAGCUUGAUCCUCGUAGAGGACUUUAGGGUUUUACUUUCUAUAAUUAGUUUUUGUUUUUCGCUUUAAUUCGAAGAUGAGGGUGGAAAAGUCUCAAGUGUGGCAACCCUGCAAGAAGAAGAGGUCUUGAUGGGCAAUCUCUAGGGAUACCAGAUAGACCGAGGAUUUGCUUUUUGCAAUUUUAUAAUUUUCAAUCGGAGGGAAUUCCAUUUAGAGUGCAGAAGAUUUGGAAUCCUAUACGGAGAGAGAUAGAGAUGAAGUCUCGUGGGAGUGCUGCGACUGGCAAUAGGACGCGCGUAGGGAAGUACGAGCUGGGAAGGACGCUCGGAGAAGGGACAUUCGCCAAGGUGAAAUUUGCUACAAAUACAGAGACAGGAGAGAAUGUUGCGAUUAAGAUUCUUGAUAAAGAGAAUGUUCUCAAGCAUAAAAUGAUCGUUCAGAUUAAGCAUGAAAUUUCAACAAUGCAACUAAUUAGACACCCAAAUGUGAUCCGCAUGUAUGAGGUGAUGGCAUGCAAGACAAAAAUAUACAUUGUUUUGGAAUUUGUUACUGGUGGUGAACUUUUUGACAAAAUUGCAAGUAGAGGGAGGUUGAAAGAGGAUGAAGCGAGAAAAUAUUUUCAGCAGCUUAUCAAUGCCGUAGACUACUGUCAUAGCAGAGGCGUGUACCAUAGAGACCUAAAGCCUGAAAAUCUGCUUCUGGAUGCUAGCGGAGUUCUUAAAGUUUCAGAUUUUGGAUUAAGUGCUCUCCCUCAACAAGUUCGAGAAGAUGGGUUACUUCACACAACAUGUGGAACACCGAAUUAUGUUGCUCCUGAGGUCAUCAGUAAUAAAGGUUAUGAUGGAGCUAAGGCAGAUUUAUGGUCAUGUGGUGUGAUUCUUUUUGUCUUAAUGGCUGGUUACUUGCCUUUUGAAGAAUCCAGCCUUAUGGCUCUCUAUAAAAAGAUAUUUAAGGCGGAAUUCACGUGUCCUCCAUGGUUCUCCUCAAGCGCAAAGAAACUCAUCAAAAGAAUUCUGGAUCCUAAUCCUUUGACACGCAUUACUUUUGCUGAGGUUAUUGCAAACGAGUGGUUUAAGAAAGGAUAUAAGCCGCCUAUUUUUGAACAAUCUGAAGUUAUUCUUGAUAAUGUGAGCUCUAUCUUCAAUGAUACAGGGGAUUGUCAUAACCUUGUUGUGGAGAGGCAAGAAGCUCCAAUAGGGCCUGUGGCACCUAUAACUAUGAAUGCUUUUGAACUUAUCUCUACAUCUCAGGGUCUCAACCUUGGUAGUCUUUUUGAGAAAAAAAUGGGACUUGUGAAGCGGGAAACUAGAUUUACAUCCAAACAUUCAGCUAAUGAGAUAGUAUCAAAAAUUGAAGAAGCUGCAAUGCCUCUGGGUUUUGAAGUCAAGAAAAAUAAUUUCAAGAUGAAGCUUCAAGGAGAGAAGACUGGGCGGAAGGGUCAGUUAUCUGUUGCAACAGAAAUCUUUGAGGUGGCUCCCUCUCUUCAUAUGGUUGAGGUUCGUAAAUCUUGUGGAGACACCCUAGAAUUUCACAAGUUCUACAAGAACCUGUCUGUUGGACUAAAAGAUGUUGUUUGGAAAACAAUUGAUGAAGAAAAGGAAGAAGAAAAGGUGAAUAGUAAUGGUGCUACUGUGGUGCCAGCAUGACACGUGGGCUUCUAUUAAUGGUUUGUGUUGUAUAGAGCCGUAGAGUGGUUUUUUUUAACCAAAAAAGGUGGUUAUCUAGUUUGCAGUGUUGAUACUUUAUAUGAAUUGUCCCGAAAAAUUAUGAUUUGAACUUAGUCGUGUAUACCUGCGCUCGACUUUUGUUAUAAUUAAAUAUUAUCAGAAGAUAUUCUGAUUUGAGAUA